AGAGAGAGAGAGAGAGAGACGCUCUGAUCUGGUCAGAGAAAGAGAGGAUAAAGGGUAGAAGAGGAGGUGAGUGGAGCGAGUAAUGGAGGGGAACAUGGUGGAGUACACGGAAGAGACCAGGGUGGAGGAUACAGAGGAGACCAGGGUGGAGGAGAGGGUGGAAGGCCGAACAGAAGAACCAGAUGACCAGGAGGAAGAGGAGGAAGAGGAGGAUGAGGAGGAAGAGGAGGAGGACUCCAGGUUAGAGAUCAUUCAGCUGCAGGGCCUGGUGGUGCAGCUGCGCGAGGGGCUCCACUGUGCCCUGGUGGAGCUGUCUGAGCUGCGCCAGAGGACCCAGAGCCAGGAGGAGGGGCUGCGGGCGGACCUCCUGGACGUCCAGCAGGAGAUGAGUGACCUGAAGACCACCGUGAGCGCCUUCAAGGAGGAGCUAGGUGGUGCUGUGCUCCAGGUGAGGGAAGUCUCCUGCAGUCAGAGGGAGGUGCAGAGGAAGAUGGAGCUGCUCCACACACACCUGGCCCCCAAGAGGAAGAGCUCUAAGGGAGACCUGCUGUUGGGGGAGGGACAUAGCAGUUUGACCAGCCAAUCAGAGCUCAACGUCAUCCAACACUACUUCUCCAGUUUGACAAAUCACAGCAACAGAAGCACGGCUGCCACUCAGACGGGUGCAGAGGCCGGCUUCCAGAGAGCGAGGAGAGAGAGGAACGGCAGAGAGGAGGCGGAGCCACCAGGCCACGACACCAACAGCAGGCAGCGUGCGUCUCUGGAGCUGCUGGAGUCGGAGCGCGUCUACGUCUCGUACCUCAGCCUCCUGCUGAAGGCCAACAUCUCCUUCAACGGCUCCGAGGCCCCGGGCCCCAAGGACCAGCGUGUGUUCCCCAGCUCCCUGCGGUUCCUGAUCCAGCAGCACCUCCACCUCCUCCACACGCUCCAGGAGAGGGUGCUGAAGAGCCAGUGGCAGGGCAUCAUGGGGGACGUGUUCAUGAAGCUCACCAGCAAAGAGAGUGACUUCCUGGACCUCUACCUGUCCUACCUGAAGGAGCUCCCGGACUGCCUGGCGCUGGUCGGCCUGCUGACCGCCAGCGCUCACACCGCCGCGCUGCUGGAGUGUGAGGGAGACGAGUCGCGGCCAUCACUCCAGUCGCUGCUCAUCCAACCGGUGCAGAGGAUUCCCCAAUACACCCUGCUACUACAGGCUCUGCUGAGGCAGACGGAGGUGGACCACCCAGACUACUUCCUGCUCCUCGUCUCCAUCCAGCAGUUCAGGUCCUUCACCGCGCAGAACCAGGACCUGCUGGGGGCCAACAGGUCCUCCAUGAAGCAUAUGUUCACUGAGUGUGGCUCCCUGAGUCCCCUGAGCAGCUCAAUGAUAGACCAUGUGACCCAGGUGAAGCGCAGUAAGCAGAGGCUUCUGGAGCAGAUCCAGUCCCGGACCAGGACCCCCUACCAGGACUACCAGGACUACCAGGACUGGGGCCGGGACCCGGACCGGUACCCCCGGGACCGCUGCGGCCCCUUGCCCUACUUCAGCCCGGACCCGGAACCCCGGACGGCCAAGCCCACAGGGUUACGCAGCAUCCCGGAGAGCCACGGCGGGCCAUGUAAGCCCCGCCCGGACCCCCAACCGGGGGCGGCGGGCUCUGCGCUGGCCCAGGCCCUGGGGGAGUUCCUUCUGCCCGGGGACCCCCCCGAGGGGGGCGGGGUCUGCGGGGGGGACGGCGACUCGCUGCACGACGGCUCGCUGUUGGACCGCUGCUCCUCCGGCUCCUCCUCCUCCUCCUCCAUCGACAUCGCCUUCGUCAGGUGUCCCCGCACCUCCUCGGCCCCCCGCCGGGCGCUGGCGGCCAACGUGCCCACGCCCCGUGAGGCCUACGGGGGGAGCCGCCCCAGGGCCUCUCCCCGGGGCUGCGUGUCCCCAGACGAGGCCGUCCUGAGGCGGCACAGCCCCCAGCGCCCCCUGCAGGCCGGCCAGAGGAAGAGCAAGUCUCUGAACGGCCUGCAGCUGGACAGCACGGUGAGCUGUGUGGACGCCGGUCCCGACCACGGCCACCGGAGGGCGCUGGAGAGACAGGGCAGCAGCAAGGGGUGUCCCACCCCAACACGCAGGGGCCCGGUCCACCUGGGGAGCAGCCCCCACUCCCUGGAGCCCGAACUACACAUCAGCAUCCCCCAGGACCCCGCGGCCCAGGCGUGGGGGGAGGAGCCCCGGUGGAGAGGCGGGGCUGAGGAGAUAAGCCACACCCCUCUGAGUGAGCGGGGAAGGAAGCAGGAGAAAGGAGGCUUCAGAAGCUCCUUCAAGAGGCUCUUCAAGAAGAGAAGUGCGGAGGAAAAGAAGGAGAAGAGUGAAACCAGCGAUCAGGACCAGAGACCGGGACCCCCGGAGGCGGUCCGGGGUACUGCAGUGUGAACACACACACACACACACACAAUGUUUUAUUUCCUGUACCACAAUCCUGUUAACUCCACUUUUCUAUGCUAUCAAUGGUCUGUUUAUACCGACCCAUGGUGGUUAGCCAGUGGAACACGUUACUGCGACUACAAUCACUCUGCGUUCAACUCUUUUUGAAUAUCAUAUGCUUUUAAUCGGACUGUCUCUCUGCUCCGAUCAUUUCCAAUUGUAAAUAGCAGACUGAGGUCAGAAUCCAGAGAGCGCUUCAACUCUGAACGAAUGCUAAAUACAACAUCAAGUAUACUUAUUCAAUAUUUAUGCUUAUUGUUGCAGGGAAAACCUUUCUUUGCCUAUUCACAAUAAAUGAUGACUUCUGUA